CGCUUAAUAUUGUUUGGUUUCUCGCUUUUAUUAUAUUUCCUCUCGAAUCCUUUUGAUUGAGAGGAAAUGGGAAUUGUGAGCAAUUUAUUAGGAAUCAUUGGAUUUGGAAUUGGAAUCCCAAUCGGCCUUUUACUGGGAUUCUUUAUAUUCAUUUACUUGGAGCCUGAAGAUGCAAAGGAUCCUGUAAUCAGGCCUCUGCAUGAGCUGGAUACUAUCUCUCUGCUUGAUAUUUUCCCAGAGAUUCCUAUGUGGGUCAAGCAUCCUGAUUUUGAUCGAGUUGACUGGCUGAACAAGUUUGUAUCCAAUAUGUGGCCUUACAUUGACAAGGCAGUAUGCGGUUUAACAAGGAGCAUGGUGAAUCCUAUAUUUCAAGAGUACACUGGCAAGUUCUAUAUCAGGUCUAUAGAUUUUAAGAGCUUGAGCCUUGGAACUAUUCCUCCUAAUAUUCACGGUAUCAAAGUGCAUGAAACAAUUGAAAAAGAACUAGUAAUUGAGCCUGCAGUUAGAUGGGUCGGAAAUCCUAACAUAAGUCUGGUGCUGAAAUUCUUAUCUCUACCAAUUACAGUGCAGCUGUUGGAUGUUCAAGUAUUUGCAGCACCACGGAUCACCUUAAGACCUCUUGUGCCUACUUUCCCUUGUUUUGGCAGCUUGGUAGUUUCUUUGCUAGAAAAGCCACGUGUAGACUUUGGAUUGAAACUGCUUGGAGCUGAUGUGAUGGCAAUCCCUGGUCUGUAUCAAUUUGUUCAGGAUCGUAUAGGAAGACAAAUUGCUAGUCUUUAUCUCUGGCCUCAAACCCUUGACAUACAGAUCCUGGAUGGUUCAGUAGGGGCUAUGAAGAAGCCUGUAGGCAUUCUGCAUGUGAAGGUCGUACGAGCAGUUAAACUUUUGAAGAUGGAUCUGUUGGGAACAUCUGAUCCUUAUGUUCAACUCAGCCUGACUGGAGAGAGGCUUCCAGCAAAGAGAACUUCUAUUAAGAUGAAGAACCUUAACCCUGAGUGGAACGAGCGCUUCAAGCUUGUUGUCAAGGAUCCUGAGUCUCAAGUCCUUCAGUUGCAUGUUAACGACUGGGAAAAGGUUGGCACUCAUGAUAAGUUGGGAAUGCAAGUAGUCCCACUUAGAUUGCUUACUCCAUAUGAAACCAAAAGAUUUACGCUCGAUUUAGUAAAAAACAGAAAUCCAGAUGAUCCUCAGAAUGAAAAACCCAGAGGCAAACUUGUUGUGGAGAUGGCAUUUAAUCCUUUUAAGGAAGAUGGUGAAAGAUUUAAUGGCCCUUCAGAUUGCCAUGUCAGAAAGGAAAGUGGAGUUGGAGGGGUACCUGAAGACAUGUUGGUACAUAGAGGUGGUUUGCUUUUAGUUACAGUUGAAGGAGCAGAGGACGUUGAGGGAAAGCACCAUAACAAUCCUUAUGCAAUGGUUAUAUUCAGGGGAGAGCAGAAGCAAACCAAGUUGAUUAGGAAAACAAGAGAUCCAAAAUGGAAUGAAGAAUUCCAGUUUUUACUAGAAGAGGCUCCAUUGAAAGAUAAGAUCCAUAUUGAUGUCAUAAGCAAGAGGACAUGGUUCAGCUUCAGACCCAAGGAAACACUGGGGUAUGUGGAUAUUAACCUGAUGGAUGUGGUUUACAAUGGAAGAAUCAAUCAGAAGUAUCAUCUAAUCAAUUCCAGAAAUGGAGUUUUAACUGUUGAUAUUAGAUGGAAGGCUCUGUAAGAUGCAAUUUCUAGAAAAGUUUUCUAUUGAUAGUUAUUGACUGUAUGUAAAUAUCUCAUUAGCUAUAGGGCAGUAUAUAAUUUUGAAACUUCCUACAUUUAACGCAUGUAUAUUAAUUUCCAAAGCUAAUUUCUUAAUAUGGUGAUUUAUUUGUUUAGAAAUA